UUGUUUUUCCGGUCAUCAUUUUGUUUUCCGGUCAUUAUUUUGAGUUCAAGCAACAACAAAGCGCCAAAGAAAUACGAAGACCUCCGCCAUUAUUUUAAAGUACUUUGAGAUAGAUUGCUGUGCUGAGCCACUUACUGAUUUGCGGACCUCAGAAAUCAUGACGGCAAUGUGUGUUUCUAAAAAGACGAUGUCUACCUGUCCUGAUGGAAUACCAGAUCAAUACAUUACAAGUGAUGAAGUGGAUAGGGAAGACCUCGGGUCUAAUCAAAAUAAAUCAACUUUGUAUUUUAGCAAUAAAUCUGCAUUAUACCCAAUACAGGAUAAAAAAAUUGACAAAAAAAAGGCUGAAUGUGUAGCUGCUGAAUCUUCUAGUAAAUCUAUGUUCUUAGGUUUAAAAAGAAAAGCAAAUUUUUAUUUAAAUCAUAAUGAUUAUGAUGAUACUAUAGAUUUUAACACAGAUUUAUCUGAAGUUGCAAAAUAUGUUCCUGAUGUACCAAGUUCUGUGAAUAUUAAACAAAGUACAAUAAAUAUAUCCUCUUUACUAAAAAAGAAUUCUAUUAAAAGUGCAUCUGAAACCAAUUCUAAAGAACAAAUUGUUGUCUGCUCAGAUGAUGUAACCACCAGGUUUUUUAAAGACAGUGUUCAGAAAAAUGAAUCUACUUCACAUGUUGUGAUAAACAAUUUUCAAUUAAACCGUUUACAAGAUUUUCAAACAUUUAAUGACCUUGAUAGCUUUAAUAUUGCACUUGAAAAGGUAAAACGUGAAACACUUACGGCUUAUUGUGUCGUGAUGUCGUCAAGAAAUUAUUCCAAGCAGGUUAAUCUUGAAGAUGUUGUUAAAGAUUAUAGUCAUAGCUUUAAAAAAAAUGAGCUACCUUGUAUUCGUUGGCAUUUGAACAGUGGACAUUUAAGUAUACCUUUCCUUGGAUAUCCAUUCAUUGUGCUAGGACAUGCGCAGUACCACUGUGCUCAGGGAAAAGACAAAAGCUUGUCUAGAAAAAGGCUUUUAAAUCUUAAAACAAACAAACAAGAUGAGACUUUGCAAAAACGUCAUCUUGCAAGGCCUACUAAAAAGUUUGGCUGUCCAGUUUCAUUUUCAGUAAAAAAGAUUUAUGCAUUUCCUGAAUAUACUAUGUCAAAAGAUACAAAAAGAAAUCGCACAGAAGUAUCAGUUGCAAUUAAACAGAAAAUGAAGCUUUUCAUUGAAGCAAAAAAAAAAGGUCAAAUAGUUGAAGAAUUAGGUGUUUUGAUGUAUUUAACUAAAGAAUUUCCUCUAGCAAGUGCGCACAGAUAUCAUCUUGAAAAUCGUGAUUUCAUUAAGGGAAGUGAGAAGAAUCCUUUAAGCAAUACACUUUAUCCUGGAGCAAAAUUUAACUCAUACAAAGAAGCUGUAGAGGCUGUUGGUCUUUAUAGAGAAGCUCGAAAUGUAAAAUUAUAUUGUAAUUCAGAUGAAGCCAUUCCAAUAAAUAAUGUUUCUUUGAGAUACGACUCAUUGAAAUAUGUUUGCUAUAAUGCAUUUGAGAAAAAAAAAUAUUGUGGGAAAGGGAAAAAUCGCCGAGUUAUCAACUCUUUUAAGGUAGGAUGUGAGAUGCAUAUUCGGUUUGGUGUAUCUGAUGAUGGAUCUCAGCUCAUUGUCAAAUCAAUGUCAGAAGAUCACAAUCAUGAAAUCAAUGAGGAAGCAGUUGUAAAAGAAGCACUUCAUCCUGAGUUAUGCAGUCAUGUGUCUAAACUUGUUUGGAAUGAUCCCAGUAUUCCAAUUGAUGAAGUAAAGCGUUUGCUAGAACUGUAUGUAGUUAAAGAAAUGUUUAAAGACCAAGUACCUCCACCUAGGACUAGGCGUCAAUACUUUCCUACUAAAAAGCAGAUUCGAUAUUUUAUGUCAAAAGCUCGUUCUUCUUUGAAUAUAUCUCAUGAUGUAGAACAAAAGCUUGAAGCACAAGCUGAAGUUCUUAAAGAAAAACACAACGAUGAGAAAAUGAUUUUUAAUUUUAAAGUAAAACAUGAUGCAUCUCUUGAAUCAACUGUUCAAAAUGAUGAUAGUGUUGAGGCUUCAGAAGACUUUAUAUCAGAUGAAAAAGAUUUAAAGAAUGAAUUAAAUGAAAAUGCUAAGCUUUUAUUUUGUCACCAAACUCCUCAUCAACAACGACUUUUAAAGCGCUACAAUUCUCAGAUUAUACUUACUCAAAUUAAAGACAUACAUGCUAGAAUACCUUUUCCUUUAUAUUGUAUAUAUGUGCAAACAAAUGUUGAUUAUCAGUUAGUUGCUGAAUUUAUUUUACAAACAAAUACUGUUGCUAUGCUUUCAGAAGGGCUACAGACAAUUAAGGAUUGGAAUCCAGGCUGGAAUCCAAAGUUUGUUGUUUGUGACUACUCAGAUGUUCAAAUUGAAGCUGUGGAAGCCUCCUUCAAUGGCUCUUUUAUAUUGAUUUCUGACUCUUCACGAGAAAAGGCAUGGAAGGAUUGGCUGAGUGAUGAUCAAAAUGGUGUUUCAGAACACCAAGAUGAAAUGCUGAUGCAUUUAAAAGCAAUUGCACAGUCUUUUUCAGAAGAUACAUUAAAUGCUGCUGCUCGUGAACUUGAAGAAAGUGAAGUAUGGAAAACUUCUGAUAAACUUCGGAACUGGUUCCAGUUCAAUUGGCUUGCCCAUGCAAAGCGUUGGGUUUCUGGAUAUCGUCCUGAUGAUUAUUUAAUGACAUGUCACAAUAAUCGAACAUUAGAAGAUGAGUUAAAAGUAUUCAGAAGUAUAAAGUUGGUCAACAAAACUACACCAUUGCAAGAUGUGAUACAACAACUAGUUGAGCAUGUUGUGCCAGUAGCUUGUAAACAGUAUUAUGAUCUGAAUAAAGAAUCUAUUAAACUACACAAUGAUUUGCGUUAUGCUUACAGUAAUAUACCCAAUUAUCUUUGUGCUCGUCCUGGCCUUAUUACUUACCACAUCUACGAACGUUUAAAGAAGGCUAAUGAACAAAGUUUUACAAUUAGAUGCAUGCAUUCAGGAAUUUUUACUGUACAAGGUGAUACCAAUGAAGAAGAUCAUUUACAUACUGUAUCUUUUGGAGAUGCAAACUGUUUUCCAUCUUGCGAUUGUGAAGAUUGGUUGAGAUUUAAACUACCGUGUGAACAUUUCUGCGCUAUUUAUAAUAAUUUUCCUGGUUGGAAUUGGGAUAUGAUGAGUAAUCUUUACAAGUUCCUGCCGCAACUUAAUAUUGACUGGGGGUGUGAAACUAAUAUUAAUAUUGAUAUGCCUGGACUUUUUGUUGAUAAUUCUACACAAACAUCACCUGUAAAAGAUAUGGUUGGGGGCGAGCAUAAUCUGUUUUUUGGUGUAACAGAUAAACGUACCAGCCAUGAAACUCCUCAGGUUCUCGCUUCUCAAUGUCGUGGUUUGUUACAGCAACUUUCUAAACUUCAGCUUGCCCACCAUAGUCGUGAAAAUCUUUAUCGGUUAAAAACAGAAUUAAAAGAACUUAUUGCGAUAUUUUCAAAUGCAGCUAAUAAAGAUAAACAACCUAUAGUUAAUUCAGGUUCUAUAGAAAAUAGUUCAGUACAGUUAAAAAGUCUUGGUCGGCCAAGGAAAAAUGCUUCUGCACCCUCUAUUGCUUUAAAUCAUGAUUUAUCUAUUACCAAAGAAGAUGCUCAAUCGCAUGUUAGACCCUUGCAAACGAGGAAAACUUACCCACAACGGCACCAAGAAGUUGAUAAGGUUAAUGCUAUCGGUGUUGCAACUGUAUUUAAAAAUAUUCGCCAAUCUGCUAAAAAUGAAACUGUUAAAAUUGUUUCUCAAAAGCGAUCGAUUUCUGAUUCACAUGACGAAUGUCCUGCAAAAUUAAGUAAGGAAGACAAUUGUGUGAAAGAAGAAGAUGGAGAUUUUGAUUUACAGGGAAUCGGUCCACCUUCAAUUGAAACAAGCUGUCUAACUACAAUUAUAGAUGGUAAGACUAUUGAAAUUCCUUUAGAGAAUAUUCGCACAGCAAUUGGAACUUCAAACUCACUUAAUAUUUCACAAACUGUACUGGCUUCUGAAGAACUUAUAUCUGAAGAUGAUGCUGUGAAAUGAAAUUAUUAAAAGCAGGUUGUUCGUCUUAUAAAUAAAAUUUAAAAUAUUUUUCCCGCUUU